AUGACAGUAGUUUGCAUCACGCAAGCACCGGUAUUUUUUUGCGCUGCUAUUUAUGUGACCCUCGCUCAAACUAUCAAUCACUACUCUCCGAAGUUGGCAAGAUUUCCUCCAAGGUAUUUAUACUGGGUUUUCAUUCCUUCCGACAUCAUAUCCCUUGGCCUUCAGGGUGCCGGCGGUGGGCUAUCUGCUUCUUCCUCAGGCUCCAGUCAAAUCGGGGUUGACAUUGCGAUGGCUGGAUUGAUCUUGCAAGUCGUUAUGCUUUUCGUGUUCCUCGGGCUAUUUAGCGACUUUGUAAUCAGAUACCUGUCAUCAGACAGCGCCAGAAACAUCGGUACUCGCGGAAAGCUUUUCUUCGGCUUUCUACUUCUCGCCGUUCUGACCACUCUUGCCCGUUGCAUCUUCCGUGCAGAUGAGCUGAAGGAGGGCUAUACUAGUGGCAGUUUGAUAUCCAACGAGGGUUUAUUUAUUGGCCUCGAGGGAGUUCUCAUUGUGGUCGCGCGUGCCAGGCGGCUUCGGGAAGGUCAACCCGAUACCCCCGAUCUGAUAGUGGUCGAUGGGCCUUCGCAAUUCCUCGAGAUGAUGUAUCCAGUCGAGCGAGAAGACCGUGCUAUGUAG